CGUCGCGACGACGGUGGCGGCGAGCGGCGUCACAGCUUGGAGGGGGGGUUUGACGGCUUCUGGCGGGUGGCGGUGUUGGAGGCGAGAGCUUGCUUAGCCCGUGUCGCGUCUGUUCCUGGAACCGGACGGAGAGUGAGGGCACGAGGGUCUCUUUCGGGAGCUGCUGUCUUCCACGUACACGUCGUCGUGAGGAGCGCAGCCUGGACUCUCCCGCGACCCCUCCAGCUCUCCUUCCGCACGCCUCGAGGCGGCGGCUGCGGCGGCCACCAAGACAGCAUCGCACCUCCCCCACCCCUUCCCCUCAUCCCCCGCCCGAAAGGGCCUGUCUGCGCCCCACCCCCGCCCGUCCGUCCGCUACGCCGUCGCCAUGUCGGCGCAGGCCCAGAUGCGCGCGAUGCUGGACCAGUUGAUGGGCACCUCCAGGGACGGAGAUACUACUCGUCAACGAAUCAAAUUCAGUGAUGACAGAGUAUGCAAGAGUCAUCUUCUCAACUGUUGCCCCCAUGAUGUCCUUUCUGGAACUAGAAUGGAUCUUGGAGAAUGUCUGAAAGUCCAUGACCUGGCUUUAAGAGCAGAUUAUGAAAUUGCAUCCAAAGAACAGGACUUUUUCUUUGAACUUGAUGCCAUGGAUCACCUGCAGUCAUUCAUUGCAGAUUGCGAUAGAAGAACAGAAGUGGCUAAAAAAAGAUUAGCAGAAACUCAAGAAGAGAUUAGUGCUGAAGUGGCAGCAAAGGCAGAACGUGUUCAUGAAUUAAAUGAAGAAAUUGGUAAAUUAUUAGCCAAGGUGGAACAACUAGGAGCUGAAGGGAAUGUGGAAGAAUCCCAGAAAGUAAUGGAUGAAGUAGAGAAAGCACGGGCAAAGAAAAGAGAAGCAGAGGAAGUUUAUCGGAAUUCUAUGCCAGCUUCCAGUUUCCAACAGCAGAAACUUCGCGUCUGUGAAGUCUGCUCUGCCUACUUAGGUCUUCAUGAUAAUGACAGACGACUGGCCGAUCAUUUUGGGGGUAAACUGCACCUGGGAUUUAUUGAAAUAAGAGAGAAGCUUGAAGAAUUAAAGAGAGUUGUAGCUGAGAAGCAGGAGAAAAGAAACCAGGAGCGCCUGAAACGAAGAGAAGAAAGGGAGAGGGAAGAAAGGGAGAAGCUGAGAAGGUCCCGAUCACAUAGCAAGAAUCCUAAAAGAUCCAGGUCCAGAGAGCAUCGCAGACACCGGUCUCGCUCUAUGUCUCGAGAACGCAAGAGGAGGACUCGAUCCAAGUCUCGGGAGAAACGCCAUCGCCACAGAUCCCGCUCCAGCAGCCGCAGCCGAAGCCGUAGUCACCAGAGAAGUCGUCACAGUUCUAGAGAUAGGAGCAGAGAGCGAUCCAAGAGGAGAUCCUCAAAAGAAAGAUUCAGAGACCAAGACUUAGCAUCACGUGACAGAGACAGGAGUUCAAGAGACAGAUCACCUCGUGACCGAGAUCGAAAAGAUAAGAAGCGGUCCUAUGAGAGUGCUAAUGGCAGAUCAGAAGACAGGAGGAGCUCUGAAGAGCGCGAAGCAGGGGAGAUCUAAUUAGCUGUGUAUAUAUCUUCAAUCCUUAAGCUUCCUACGGAGUUACACACUAUUGUUUAGUUUACAGCUGUUCAGGGUGACAGUGAGCAGUUCCAGACACUGAUCCAGCCAGGCUAGAUGUACAGUAUCUAACUUGAUCUGAACUGAACCUGUUUUCCUUGAGAAAGCCUAAAACUACAUCCAUAGUUUCUGGUGAACCUGUAAUACAGUUCUGAGAGUGCAGUUUUUUAUAAUACGACAUUGAUCUCUUUAUUCUUUCAAGUAGGAGUGAUAGUGAAUGAAUUGUGUUACUUGCCUUGGGAUUUUUUGAACAUUUGUAAGACGCUGUCUUCCUUUCUACUCCAAGCAGCAGCUUUGGGAAUUUUUCUUUUUAAUUCUUCUGUCUCUGACUUUUGUAUCCCUUAAUACCUGUACCCUCCAACUGUAAGAGAAAGGGUCAGGGAAGCAAUAUAACUUCUGUUCUAAGGUUCUACUCCCAUUAAUUACUAGCUAAUUACAGUUCAGAGCAUUUAUACUGGAAUGUGUGCUGGAGAAAUUAAAAUACUGGGGUUUGUUGGAUGGUGCCUAUUUAGAGUUGGAAGUUGAACAGCUGUUGCAUUACAUACUUUCGCUUUUUUAUUGAAGUUUUGAAAUCAGACUUGUCUUGAUUUUUCUGUUCCAUCAAAUUGCUAUGUUCAGGAUGUUCUGAGGGGGGUGGGGGCAGGGACUCUUUCGUAAUAAGCACUUGUUUUAUUUUGUGUGUGUGUGGAGUAUAAAGGCUACACCCUUAUUGUAAAAAAUAUUAAUAAUAAAAUGAAAGAAACAAUCACCACCACCAUCAUUAAACUGUAACUUGUCUAGUAAAUUGUCACUAGAACUAUUUCCUGUGGGUAUUUCCUCUAUUCUGUCACAUGGUUAACAGGGCCUUACUGUGCAAGGCACCAAAGGAAGUGAAUAUGUAUUUGCAAAGAUUACAGAGGAACUGUGAACAGCUCUGCCUACACCCUUGCUGACUGUACUCCACUACUUCAGGGCUGUUUGUAACAGCUGCUGUAGAGAAGGACUGGACCUGCAGAAAUAAUGGGGGAUUUCUUGUUUUCUUGUUUUUCUUAUUCAACAAACCUGAAUAAAACCAGUAUGUAACCAACA